CAGGGGCAGGUUGGAGUCGCACCUCCAGAACGAGCACUUCUCGAUUUAUUUCAUUUCUUCCAGGCGACACGACACACACACCCUCCCCCCAGGCUGUAAGACGCCGACUCCUCCGAUUCCCACCGUCGGGCGAGGAGCCGGGAGCAGCCUCUCAGGAUGGGAGGCCGGCGGUCUCCGUUAGAACCGGGAACACCGUGCCAGGCAGAGUUAUGGGGUGACCUCGGGGUGCUCGAAGAGGAUGAGGAGCUGGAGGGUUUCAGGCGGGAGGUGGAAGUUCUGCGUGAGAAGCUGAGGGAGGCUCUCAGUCAUACAUCUGGUAACAAAAGGCAGUCCAGUUCUUUGACCGACCUCACCUCGGACAGUACCUGGGAUCAGCAAAAGCCUCACUUAUUUCCUAAAUCCUGCUUGAGGCCAAAAAGUGCUUCAUCUCCCUGGAUUCCUUCCAUCACCAUCCCUCAGCCUUUCAAAAUGACACUGCGGGAAGCUCGCAAAAAGUCUGAGUUGAUGAAGUCAUACAUGUUUCUUGAACUAGACAAACAGAGAGACAAAAGGCAAAGCCAGGAUGAAGCCGAAUGUCAGAAACAAUUCCGGGCACAGCCUGUACCUGCCCAUGUGUUUCUGCCCCUUUAUCAGGAAAUAAUGGAGCAGAAUGAGAUUCGCAGGCAAACAGCAAUGCAGAAAAGAAAGGAGCUGCUACUUUCAACACAGCGGCCCUUCAGUUUCCUGGAGAAGGAGGAGAAAAAGAAAGAAGCUAUCAGACAAAAAUUCCUGUCAGCAGCAACCCCAAAUGAGAGCUCCAAACAGAAGCAAGACAGUAAAAAAGUUCCUAAAUCUACUUACCACCCACUUCUUGGAAAUAAACUCAAAGAAGCUGAACUCUACAGAGAAAUCCGCAUUCAAAUGAGAGCAAAGGAUUUGCUUGAGAGCUCAGUGGCUCCAAUAGACACCGGCAACUGUCGGAGGGAGCCUCAGUCCCGAACUGCCACCAGAACCAAGCAGGAAAGGCUUGGCUUCUUGCAGGACAAAAGUUUCAGCUUCAAGCCAAGGAUUAAUCCAACAAUACCGGAUUUUGAAGAACUUUACUGGGCGUUUCAGAAGGAAGCAGUAAGGAGACAAGAAAUCAAAGAGCCAACUCGUAAUAAGCCAUUCAAGCUAAGAACCUCCAAUCUCCGUGCCAGGCAGAGGCAGGCUAAUGAAAAGAUAAAGGAUUCUGAGAAGCUUUCCAAGGUUUCAAUGGAAAGAAGUCAUUCUCUGACCAGACUUUCUUCUCUGUCUUCCAACACCCUUCCAGUGCAUAUUACCGAUGCAACUAGAAGAAGGGAAUUUGCUAUUAGACACUCCCAAGUUAACAAAAAGGAAGGGGAUAAAGAAGGAAUUAAUUGGCUGGAGAAACAGAAAAUGAAAUGUCAAGCUAUGCAGAAGUCAGUGAACAGCAGAGCAAAAGCACUGGAUCCUCAUAAAAGUCUGGAGGAAACACACAAGGAGAAGUUGAAACAGAACCGGCAAAAUAUGAGAGAGAGAACAAAAGAAUACAGAAAGGAGCUGGAAGAAAUGCAGCUGCGAGUCAAGAGCAGACCAUACCUCUUCGAGCAGGUCACCAAGUGUCAGUUAGGACUCAGACACAAGUAUGCUAGUCUGGUAAGACUGGAAUGCAGUAUCAGGAGAAUAGGAGAAGGAAGAAAAAAAGAACAGAAGCAGGUAAAGGUGAGCUCUGGCUUUGAGAGACAUGAGACAUUGUCCUAAUAUUCAGUUAUGGUACUGUACUGUAUGGAUUACAAAAAUUUUGGACAGGAGCUUCUGCUGUCCUCUUGUCCCCUUUAGGAGUGUCAGCUGUGUACUUUAGAACAAGUUGACUGUUAUGGGAAGCCCCAGUUCUACGUGCUUACUGUUAUAAGUUUUGAUUUCAUAGCAUGAUGCUCGUCAAGGAGCAGAACGUCGCUACAGAAACACUCUCCAGCAGGUUGGCCUGAGCGAAGAAUUUGUAAGAAGAAAAGGGAAAGAUGCCACUGACUUGCUGGAA